AUGGAGGCCCUCGAAGCGCGCAAUCUCUUCUCCGUUAACGGGCUGGUGGCAGUCAUUACAGGGGGUGGGAGUGGUCUCGGAAGAACUCUGGCCCUGGCACUUGACGCUAAUGGUGCGUCCAAGGUGUUUGUUAUCGGUCGCAGAGAAAGCAAGCUUCAAGAGACAGCUUCAUUGGGCCUAAAGGGCUCCAUCAUUCCCGUCGUGGGGGAUGUGACAUCGAAAGAAUCGUUGAAAGCUGCAGUCGAGAGGGUUGCGGCUCAGACAAAUCACAUUGACCUCCUCGUAGCAAACAGCGGUAUCAUGGGGCCUUCCGGCGCUCCUCCUCCGAAACCAGACGGCAGCCCCGCUACCGUGGCGGAGCUCCAGGAGUUUCUUUGGACGCCUUCGCUCGAAGACUUUUCUCAGGUCACGGACAUAAAUUUCACAGGAGCCUUUUAUACCUCCGUCGCAUUUCUGUCCUUGCUCGACGCGGCAAAUGCCAAACGCUUACCUCCAGUAAGCGGGGUUCUCUCGCCCCCUCGACCCCAGAUAAUCAUCAUGAGUUCUAAUGCCGCCUUUAUUCGCCAAGUCAGCGUUGCCGGUUAUGCGUAUGGCGGGUCUAAGGCGGCGGCGACAUUGCUCACCAAGAUGCUCUCGACUACGUUACUUGGACAUCACAUUCGUGUUAACGGCAUUUGUCCAGGCCCUUACCACUCCGAGAUGACUGACUUCAUCUAUGAGGCCUCCGGGAUUGGUGGUAAAGGUAUCUCCGAGGGCUCCUUUCCAAAGGAAUUUAUUCCGCUCACGAGGUCCGGUGCUCCUGAAGACAUCGCUGGUGUUAUACUAUGGAUGGCGGGCGCGGCGGGUGGCUAUCUCAAUGGCAGUAUUAUUGUUACCGAUGGAGGAAGACUCUCGGCUAUGCCGUCUUCAUAUUGA